CUUUCACCGGGGCUUCAAAUCUCAACGGAUAGUAAGACGGAGCAAAGAAAGAGAAAAAAAAAACGGAGUUGAAAUGAGACGGACUCGUAACGCAAAGUUUAACUACAUUCCAAGAUUGUGUUGACGUCCGUCUCCCCUAAAAAAAAGCUAAAAAGAACUAAUAAUAUUACACUACUAGUAUUACUCCCCACUCCCCCUCCCACAUCCUGCCCUCCCAUUGUUCGUGUUUCGGGGGUACACAAUUUCCAACGACAACAGUUUUUGAAUUAGACUCUUGACUACAAUAAGACUCAGUGUGUGUGUGUGUGAGAGAGAGAGAGAGAGAGAGAAAGAGAGAGAGACAGAGGGGAAAAAAUGGGAAGAUCUAGCGGCACGACGUCGUGUUUGAAGCUAAUCGCUUGCGGCGGCGGCGAUGAAUCCGUCGACCGGGAUGAUCUCGAAGCUGUGUCCGAGACUAAGGGCUCAAGUGAUAGAAGUAGAUGGAGUUUUCGCAAAAGGUCUGCAAGACAUCGAGUCCUGAAUAACUCUGUUACCUCAGAAGCACCUUCUGGGAACAAGGCCAGUUCAGAUUCUGCCAUUGGUGGGUUCCCUACUCAAGGUAGCUCUACUACACCUGAGAAAAACUCGGUUGUUCAAUGGUCGGAUGAGAAACCCCAGCUGCAAAUUCCUGUGGAGUCAAAAUUGCCUGAGAAGACUGAAACUGUUGUGGCUGAGGAUGAUAAAAAGGCUGAUGACAGGGUAGAUGAAGAAAGUAUAAUUAUCAUUCAAGCUGCUAUUCGGAGAUUUCUGGCCCAAAGAAACUUUGUGAAACAUAAGAAUGUUAUUAAAUUACAAGCCGCUGUCCGUGGACACAUUGUCAGGAGGCAUGCUGUGGGAAGUCUUCGGUGUGUUCAAGCCAUUGUUAAGAUGCAACAUCUUGUUCGAGAGCGCCGUGCUCGGUUGCUUUUCGAUGAGUCAAGCACCAAAGAAGAGGGGAAGGAAACUACAGUUCCCAAACCAGGUACUACGUCAACGUCCACUCAGAAGCUGCUGAGUAAUGCAUUUGCUCGACAGCUUUUGGAAUCAACACCGAAGGCUAAAGCUAUCACUAUCAAGUGCGAUCCUUCAAAGCCAGACUCAGCCUGGAGGUGGCUGGAAAGAUGGAUGUCAGACUCACCAACCGAAAGUGGACAGUCGCAUGAGCUUGAACGAACUGUUAAGCAACAAUCGAAGGACAACAUUGAGGAAGCGGACAACUGUUUGGAUGCUGUAAUUUCGUCUCCAGAAAAUAGCCAAUCGAGGGAUGAGGUCUUUGUUGACGCAUUACCAGUGCCUUUGGAAUCUGUUGAAAAUGUGAUCACCUUUGAAGUAGACGAGUACAAAAUACAGGAACCCCAACACUCAGUGGUAACAUGCGAUGAUCAGUUUGAUACUCAUAGCAUUAGUGAAGCAAAAUCUAGAGUUGAAGAUUUAUCUACUGGUCAUGCUAAGGAAUUAGACACAGAGCCUGAAUCCUUUAAUGUUCUGUUGGAAAUGGAUAACAAGCAGAAUAUAUCGACUCUGGCGACUCAUGACACUGAAGAACUUGAAACAGAUGACAAACAGAAUAUACCUUCUGUAGAGACCACUGAAACUGAAGAAUCUGAAAUGAAUGGAAAUAAUUCUUCAACAGGAUCUAGAAAGGCCAGCAAUCCUGCUUUUGUUGCAGCCCAAACAAAGUUUGAAGAAUUGAGUUCAGUUGCUAAUCUAAGUAACUCGAAGUCAGUUGGUUCAUCAAAUGUAGAAAUCAGUGUGGAUUCUUCUUUGGACACGGAGUUACCAGUAAAUAACAAUACAUCCAGGGAAAGUGAACUUGAUCAUGCUGAGAGUUCUCUUUCCCACAAUUUUGCGGGUCAAGUUAAUGGUUCCGAAUGUGGGACUGAACUCUCGAUUUCUUCCACACUUGAUUCUCCAGAUAGAUCUGAGGCUGGAGUAGUUGAAUCCGUGCUCGAAGCAAAAAGUAUGGAUGAGGUAGCUGACAAUCUGAAGAAUGAUAUUAACUCAAAUGUGCAGGAAAAGAUGGAGGAAAAGAUUGAGUCCACAAUUUUGGAGGGUGAUUCAUCCAACUCAAAUUCAAUUGUUCAGGAGAUGGAUGACAGUACUGUUGUUGCUAAUGGCGAGCAUGUGGAUUCAUCUUAUUCUGAUUCAAUUGUUCAUGAGGUAGAUGACAGCAAUGUUGUCGCUAAGAGGAAGCUCACCAAUGUGGACGGUGAUUCCUCUGAGGCAGAGCAAAAGCCAGUUACCACUUCCACUACUACUGAAGUUCACAUGGAGGAGGAAAUUGAGACAAGCCAUCCAGUUAGAAGAUUAUCACCUGAAGCAUCUCCAAUUAGCCGUGUAACUGUUGCAGAUUCCGAAGGAACGCCGUCCAGUCAGGUGUCAAUAAAGUCUAAGAAAAAGAAGAGCGCCAAGAAUGGAUCUAUCCGAAAAAGUUUAUCCAAUGGCAAAGAGUCCCGCUUGGAUACUGAUCAUGAUCAUGGUGCCAGGAAUAGUUCAGAACAUAAAAAUGGGAAACGCCGCAACUCCUUUGGCUCAACUAAAACUGAUCAAAGUGAUAAUCAAGAGCCAAGAGAUAGCAGUAGUAGCAAUUCUCUGCCAAGCUAUAUGCAAGCAACAGAAUCAGCCAGAGCGAAAGCACUUCCCAAUAACUCCCCAAGAUCAAGUCCUGACAUGCAAGACAAGGACUUGCUCAUCAGAAAAAGGCACUCCCUACCUGGUGCAAGUACAAGACAAGGGUCACCCCGUGUUAUUCGAGCACAGCAGCAGGGCGCAAAGGGAAGCGAAACUCAAUCUCCUCAAGGUAAAACAGAGUAGGCUUUAUACCUUGUCUGUGAAAAUGAGUUCGUAAUAUUGUUUCCUUUUAUUCAAUGUCACCACUUUAUGUGGGGAUUUCCAAUUUAAAGAGCUCACUCAAUAGGCUUGGAUUUUCUUUUAUCAUUAAAUGGUUAUGACUUGUUUCGACAUUGACUGCAGUCGAUGUUUGCUUUACGUGUUUUUUUUUAAUCUUACGUUGAGUGUCUAAUAAUUUCAGAGAGGAAGUGGAGGAGAUGAACAUGUACCGUACCUGACGUGUGAUGCUUAAAAUGGCCUUUUGGAUGAUUUUCUGCAGAUUUGACUAAACUGAUUGUUGGUGAUAUGGGUGAUUGCUCUAGUGUUUUUGCUUUUUAGUCUAUACUAGGAGUGGUGAUGAUGCUUGCUAUUUCUACUUCCCCCCCUGGUUUCAUGUAAAUUAAAAAAGAAAACAUUUGUGUUUUUGUUACCCCGGCCAUACGAAGUGAUGAUUUAUUAUCCCCAGGAAUUCUUUUGUAAUGCCCCCCUGUUGUAUUGUUUGUGAUCUUGACUGUAGAGAUAUUUACUAGAAGAGUUGGCUGCUUUUUCUCCUCUGGCUGGCCUGAUCUCUGGUUCUAUUCUUUUAGUUAAUUGAUUAAUUGAGGAAUUAUUUACUUGCUGAA